GACGUCCCGCAAAAGUCAAGGUUAUGUCAUUCAACAUGGACGAUAACAUGGCGUCAAGUGAAGGAACUGAUUUUGAAAAGACAUUAGAAUAUAGGAUUUAUAAAUGUUCAAGCUACUCCUCACAAUUCGUUCCUGAGAACAUACUUAUUGACAAACCAUCUGAUCAAACCUCUCGUUGGUCUACAGACAAUGACAACCACCCACAGAAUAUCAUACUCAAGCUGCAACAGCCAUCAAUUGUUAAAACAAUAACAUUUGGCAAAUUUGAAAAAGCGCAUGUGUGCAAUAUCAGAAAAUUCAAAGUAUACGGAGGUCUUGAACCAGAAAACAUGAUGGAACUUGUUGAAAGUGGCUUGAAAAAUGAUUCAACACCGGAAACAUUUGAAUUAAGAUGUAGUAUUGGUGGGAAGGACAAUUACUUUCCAAUUAAAUAUAUAAAGAUUCUUCUUUUACAAUCUUGGGGGCCAAAUAUGAACUGCUCUGUUUGGCAUAUUCGAUUAACCGGAACCAAUGAUAUUAAAUUAGUCAAACCCAGUAUGGAUUGGAUCAAUGUAUAUCGACAAAAAGAAGUAGUGAGACUGUGCAUGAAACACUUUAGAAAAUAUCAGCAGCAAGAUGUGGUAGAAAUACUUGAAAAAGUGACUGGAGUAUCUUUGGAAGAUUCUCAACUAUCGGCUCUGUAUGAUUUACUUGUUGUAAAAGGAGAUCAUGCCCAAGCUGAAAGGUUUAUUUCAAAUGCUGUGAACAUGGGUCUCCUUGAUGAAUAUAUAAAUUCUCAAUCUUAUCAAGUUCUGUGGAAAAAAAUAUCAACACCAGAUCCAAAACCAGGGAUGAGAGGUGGUCAUCAAAUGGUUUUAGAUUCACAGUCAGAAGUUCUUUAUCUUUUUGGUGGAUGGAAUGGUAAUCAAGAUCUUGCAGAUUUAUGGCUCUAUGAUAUAAAUACCUCAAAGUGGUCUUUAAUUUGUCAAGAUACCGCGGCAGUCGGUGGACCAAGUGCACGCUCAUGCCACAAAAUGUGCUUAGAUCCUGGAAGGCGUCAACUUUUUACUCUAGGAAGAUAUUUAGAUACCCAGUACAGGACUCCAGAAAAUUUGAAAAGCGAUUUCUAUGUAUAUAAUAUAGAAUCAAAUAAGUGGACCCUAAUUUCUGAAGAUACAGCGGCUGUAGGAGGUCCUGAACUUAUAUUUGACCAUCAAAUGUUGAUGGAUAUCGAGAAACGAACCAUUUAUGUUUUUGGAGGCCGCAUACUUGUUCCUACAGCAAGUCCUGAAGAAAAUACAACAAACUCAAAUGAAUCCCUAUUUUCUGGUUUAUAUUCAUAUCAUGUUCCUACUGGUACUUGGCAAAAACUUGCAUGUGACAUUUCCAGACCAAGUAUUCAAAACGUGCCAAGCAUCAGAUCUAGAGUUGGACAUUCAAUGUUGUUUCACCCUGGAUCUAGAAAAUUGUAUAUGUUUGCUGGGCAGAGAGGCAAAGAAUAUUUAAAUGACUUUUUUACAUAUGAAGUAGAUACAAAUAAGGUUGAACAUAUAAGCUUAAGUGAACUAGGAAACAAGGACUCCAAUCAUAUACCAGCAGCUGGCUUUACACAGCGCGCAACAAUAGAUCCAGAACUUGGAGAAAUUUAUGUGUUAUCUGGCCUUAGCAAAGACAAGGAUAAACGCGAUGAAAAUGUACAAAAUUCAUUCUGGGUGUACAAUAUAAAGAAUAAUCGGUGGUCUUGUAUUUACCGAAACGAGAAUAUGGGAGAAAAAUAUUGGAGUAAAAUGCAAAAUUUCGAACCUUGUCCGCGUUUUGCUCAUCAACUUGUUUAUGACCACGUGAAAAAGGUUCAUUAUUUAUUUGGAGGUAAUCCUGGACGAGCUUGCCUCCCUAAACUCCGUCUUGACGAUUUUUGGCAGUUGCAGCUGUGUCGACCAUCUCACGAGAAAAUUCUUACAAAAUGCAAACUGAUUAUAAGAAAACACAAGUUUGAAGAGCUAUCAAUGCAUAAUAGUAUAGAAGCAUUGCAAUACUUACAAACAGAGAUAUCCGAAAUUAUCGAUCACAAUGAUUUGGAGCAAACAAAGGAGUUUCAACUGCUGGCAUCAAUUCUGUUUCGUGAUCAAAAUACUUCCAUGUCAGAGCCUACGCAAGAGGAUGAUGAUAUAUCUGAUAUAUUAGGAUUGCCAUCAACCGAUUUUGGCGAACAAAGUUUACACACUCGUAGAACGGAAUUGUAUGACAAACUGUCGGAAUUCUUCCCUGAGUCACUAACUCAACCACGCGCGAAUCUCAUGGAUCUCUUGCCUUUGUGAUAAGCAGCUUCACAAAGUUGUAAGCUUUUACUUUCUAUUCACCACCCUAAGAACGUCAACGUUUCUACUUACGUUAAACCCUGAUUUUUUACUUUGAUAACGUAAGAAUUUAGAACGAAGAAAGUAUAUUUCAAAUUAUUUGAGAAAAAAAUAUUAGAAUUUUUAUUAUACAUUUCGACUACAGUAAAUUUUGUUUUUAUACUAUAAUUAUAAAUAAUAUAGCGGUGUAUUAAUGAAAACGUUUAUAAAAACGUUUGUUUUUUAGACAAUUAGAGUUUAGAUAUGGAGCUUUUUUAAAUAAUUAAAAUUAUUUUUGUAUAAAAUGUGAUGAUGAAAAUCUAAAAAUUUAUACUCAGAUAUAAUUUGGAAUUUCAGUAAUAUUUGAUAGCUCGUCUCUUUAUGAGCUAAUUUCGUUGAUUCGAAUUUAUAGCAGUGUUUGAAAUUUUAAAUGUUUAACAUUUUUUAAUAUUAAGAGGUAUAAUUAUAUUGUAAAAAAUUAUAUUUUUUUUAUUAUAUAAACAUGUAGUGAUAUCUAUCAGAAAAUUAGUCAUUUUCAUUGCAACUAUUAUUUACAUACAUACUUGAUUGUGAUUUAUGCAAUAACUGAUACUUUUUUCCAGACGUGGUUGUACAAAAUAUAUUUAAAUAUGAAACUGAUUAUUUAGGUCAGAUAAAGCUUUAUUAUAUUUUUAACUAAUAUUUUUUAGAUUGAAAUUUAUCAAAAUCAAGAUAAUUAUAAAAUAUGUGUUAAUACGACUUUUAUCUAGGUAAAAGCUCGAGGGUCUUCCUUUACUUUAAUAAUCAUUCACGACAAUAUUCACUUAGCUGCAAAAUUAUUAGCGAAAAAUCAGGUUAAGACAAUUUAUAAAACAUUGAAAUAAUUCAUUUGAAAAUAUUUUAAAUGUGGCGUAUUAACUAGUGUAAGCAUUAUUGUGUCAUUUUGCAAAUUUCAAACGUUUGCAUACAUCUAUACAGCACAGCAAUCUUUUAUCAGGUGCUAUAUAUAGUUAUAUAUAUGGGUCGCUAUUCUUUGUGUAUAUAACAAUCUUUACGCGGAAUCGCGUAUUAUUUUAUAGGCAUUAAAAUGUAAACACAUUGACAUCCCUUAUAACCAAAGAAAUUAUUCAGAAUUAAGAGUUUAAUCAUCUUUAUUAAAGUUUCGCUUUUAGUCUAUGAAAAGAGAAAGUACUUCCAAUAUCAUACUAUUAAUUAUCUCGAGCUUUUUCCUUAAGAUUUAUUGUAAUAUAAUAAGUAGUUUAGUUAGUACAUUCGAUAAUUAAUUUAGUAUAUUUGUAUAUCAAAGUAUCUACCAGUAGUGAUUUAUAAUUCUGCACAUAUUUAAUGAUUGUUCAUCGAAUAUUCCUACGGACUAACGAAAUUUGAGUAAAGCUGUAAAAAGGUUGAUGCACUAAUUCAAUUUGUACAUAAUAUUGUAAAUGUCGAUAAAACCAUUUUUAUAUGUUAGCAGGCCAGAUUGAUAGUUGAAGUGACAUAUUCGGCAUGCAUAAUUUGACGAUAAUUAUCAGUUUUCUAUAACGAAAUAAUUGUCUUUAAGAUUGAGUGAUUUCUAACAUUAGAUGUCAUUUAAAAAAGUAAAAAUAUUCUUGUAAAGAUUUCUUGCAACCUUUAUUAUUGACAUCCGCGAAAAUACGAAAGAAUUCAAGAAAAGAAUAUAUUUGUUAUACAUUCUCUUAAGAAAAAUAAUAUUAGGCAAACAAAAAAAUACGUUAGGCGACUUAAAAUAAUAAAUAAUGACAUAAAAUUAUGCAUGAUGAUUAAAUCACAUGAAUUUUUUUUAAUGCAGAAUUUUUGCAAUAUUAGUCAAAAAUCUAGUCGCGUACUCAUAAAAAAAUUAUUAAUUAAAUUAAUUAAUGACAUGUUUAUUAACAGUUUUCAUUGCAACUAUGUUAUAUCUUUCUUGAAUGAUUUACUUUACAUUAGAAUAAAACAUCAAAAAGUUUGUUAUCUACAUAAAUAAAAGAGCAUGUGUAAAAACUUCUGUAAAUAUAUUAAUUUUUCAAUUUAAA